AAGCACAAGUUACCGCUUGUGGCUUGGGUGCCGCGGCGCAGGCCAAGGCUAAUCUACUGACGCCUGCUCAACAAGCACAAGGUGGGAAUGCGGUUUGGAGUCCGAAUACCGGGAAGACUUCUUUAGGGAGUGUGUGGCAUAACGUUGCGCCGCCGUUGCACCAAGCUGGUACCCUGAUCCACGAGUUGAGCCAUCAGGUCGCUCGUACGGGUGACCAUGUCCUCAUGACGGAUGACUCUAUUAUCAACAGUUCACAAGCCAAGCAGGCGGCUGCAGGAACUGUCGAUGUAGGUGGUGGAUACAUCAAGGGUGGAAUGACGGCCGAAAAGAUCAAAGCGGCGGGCCCAAAUGGCCUCCCUACCGCUUGGACAGACCUCAUGGACAAAACGCCGAACCCGUAUAACAAUGCCGACUCGUGGAAA